AUGGGAGAGGGAACCCUGAGCUGUUUGCUGCGAGCGUUUGGUGUGAAAGCGCUUCGGUGUGAUGUGCUGAGGAAGGGAAAAGCCGACAGAGGAGGACGAGAGCAGCGUAAUGAGCAGGUCUGCAGCAGCCAGCCUCUGCAGUGCUGCUGCAGUGUGCACAGGGACAGACUGGAGGCUCCGCGCAGCACCACCAACGUCCACUCCCAAACCUCCUGGCCUCCUUCAGGACUAGUUUUGGCCUGGGAUUAG